GUGCGUCACCUGGCAGCGCUUGACUAGCCAACUCCUCGCCUCUUUCUGCUCACUUCGUCGUACUGACACUGAUAGUCUAGUAGCCGCUGAUGGCGACGAUGCCUCGUCUUCGGUGGGCUAUCCAGACAAUAUGAGCGAUGAUGGAGGCCAAGAGAGGAUUUCGUCCGUUGACCUCAAACAACAGGCGCGCAUCGAGAAGUCGGUGCGUGAGGCUCAAGCCAAAGUGGCGAGCUUUCACAAGAGCCAAGAGGAGAGGAAGCAGAAGCAGCUGCGCGGGGAGAUCACCAUUGAUGCUGCAGAAGCGAAAAAGGAAAACGCAAAGAUCAAGAGGGCAGAAACGACUCUUCGGAAAGCAGAAGAGAAGAUGAACGACUUCAUUCGAUCUUCUCAGGAGGCGGGCAAGGGUGACUCGACUUUCAGCUCCGACAAUCCCUUCCAGAAGCAGCAAGUGCCGCCAUCUGCACUGCCUCCGUCUUCUCCUCAGCGUCUUGGUCAGCUGUCGCAGAUGACGCCACCAGAGAGGCAACAAGAGUCACUUAUGCAGCGCGAUGAGCAACGCUUCGGCUCCGAGGAUGAGCUCGACACGAGCCCUAUGCUGGAGGCAGCCACCAAUGGCAGGACGGCAGACGAUGAAGACGUAGCGCCACUGGACCAAGAGACUGAUGAACGCAGUGCGGCUCGGAGGCGAGAAAAUAAUCCCCUCUUCUUUCAGACGCAGUCUACGCAGGGGGUCGAGAGUCAGACACAGAGUGAAACGCAGCCUGCGCAGAGCCCGACGAAGACGUUGGCGUCAGCAUCCGAAGAAGUAGGGUACCAAAAAUCACAAAUUACUGCUGAAGCUUCGUCGGCGACGGAUUCAGAGACGAGUUCAGACUCGAACGACGAUCCUGGUUCUGAGGAAAGCAGUGAAGACAGUGAUGAGGGUGAAGAGCAGGACUCUGCUCCUCCUCCUGCCCAGCAUCCACCCAAGUCUCCGAGACAAGAGCCAACGACUCCUAAAGUCAACGGUGUUGACAAGGAGAGCUCUGUAGAACCGGUGGAAGAAUCUUCUGCGGACGAGAAGGAUGACGAUGAGGAAGAGGAGGACGAGAUUGAAUCGACGCCGCCGGCCAACCGGACGAGCAUCUUCGGUUUCAUUCGCAAUGCCUUGGCCAACAACGGGACGACAUCAACGCCCACACGCGGAUCAAGCGGUGACGCUUCCGCUGAAGUCGCAUCGCGGAUGCAGCCUCGACGCAAGACCGGAUCGAGGCUCAGCGAUCUGAACCCCAAUGUGAUCCGCGCUUCGAUUAGCAGCGCACAGAAUAGCCCCAUAUCUCAGAGCGCGCCUCAAUUGACCACCAGCGGCAACAGCAACAGGAGGGACACAGCUGCGAGCGAGGGCAGCAGCACAGACGAUGACUCAAGCAGCGACGAAGAUGACUCCGAUUCGUCGUCAUCGUCUGAGGACACAGGAAAGAUGAAGACUGGCGUUUCUUCAUCGCAGCCCCUGCCGGCCAGCAAGAGGGCAGGCGCCACGAAGAAGCCGCUCGCGAAAAAGGCCCGGAAGAGCGGGCUGGCCAAGCUCAUGUGAAGAGCAAGGCUCAUGUAUUAUUUGUCCGCCCAUCUUUAGAUAUCAGGAAUGCAGAUUCCACCAUUAUUGUCG